AUGGAGGAAGGAGACGUCUCAGGUUCAUCCGUGCGAUCUGAGUUGACGGAUGGGCAGAACACCACGACAACGACAGAAACACGCACAACCUCUGAACUCCAACCGAAGCCCCUUGUGCUCAGGCUCCUGGAGGUGCAGAAUGGUGAAGAGGCCGAAGUGGAUGGAGAGGAAGGACAAGAAGAGGACAACGAAGGGUCCAAGACUCACAAAUCCCAUGAGGCCUCGGCAUCCCUCAGGUCCCGCAACUCCAGCGAUCCCCGCAAGGCCAGUGAUUCCCUCCAGUCCCGCAAGGCCAGCGAUCCUCCUCAGUCCCGCAAGGCCAGUGAUCCCCCGGAGUCCCGCAAGGCCAGUGAUUCCCUCCGGUCCCUCAAGAGCAGUGAGCUCGUUCAGUCAUCAGAGAGCCGGGAGGGUGGAAAAGAUGACUUGUUUCCCAACGCAGUGAUUACAACCUCCCCAUCUUUGAUGGCCAGAUACAUACCGCGGCUCCAGCUGGCUUCCCUGAGAGCACACCCUGUUACCCGUGACCUUGUAAAGAAAUGUUUUUAUUCUAGAAAAAGAGUUCAAGAUCUUGCAAGACCGAAAAAGCAAUGGGGAACUCCAGAUAGGAGGCUGUUCUGGGGAAAUCAAGAUCCCAUUCGCCCUGUUUCUGAGGCCGCUUUGAAAGCUACGCUGACCAAGAGAAUUGAGGACCUUGCUCAGCCUAGGCUGGUCUCCCGACAUUAUGUCCCUAACAGAGCUCAAUAUUACUACAGCUGCGGAAGAGAGUCUGUUAUCUGGGAGAUCUCUCCUCCCGCGCUCUUUACCCGGCCUUCCAAGCGGAUCCAGAAGCUGGCCAAGCCCAACAGAUUCAAAACGCAGUGUCUGCUAACUAGAGAGAAGAUACCAGGCACUGUCCGUUUCUCUGACCCUUCUCCCCGAAUUCUGCGACUCUCCAUAGCCAAAGGCACAGAUCCCAACUACAUUCCUCCAAAGAAUAUUGAGACCAAGAUUUCCUUCUCUACCCUCAGUGCUGUUGCAACCCCAAGGAUUGUAGACCUUGCCCACCCAAGGAUUAAGAUAGAGGGCCUAUGCUAUGAGAGAGAAAGGAGUGAAUUGCCCAUCCGUCCUGUAGCCCCUGCUGCCCUAGUUGCUAAUCCUAGUGAAAGAACGAUAUUUCUAGCAAAGUCCAAACGUGUUCAUGAAGAUUAUCAACCUGUCCGAGAUGCUCGAUGGCCUGUAUCUUAUGCUGCGACUCAUUCUCAGGUGUCUGACAGAAUCCAGGAACUGGCUAAUCCACACACGAGGGGUCCAUCUCACGUUGUAUAUUACGACCCGGACGUCUUUAAAGUCAAGCCUUCUGCUUUGAAAGCACAUUGUUCCUCCAGGAUCAAGGAGCUGGCUGAACCCAUUGUGCGUUAA